CAUGCUUCCCAGGUACAACGGCGGCCAUAUUCAUAGGGAACCACUAGCUCUGAUUGUCAGGCAGUCGAGUCUGACAGAUUUAUAAACAUACAUUUCCGAAACAACCGGACAAACGUGAAUUCUGCACCAGCUGGAGAGAAAGGGGCUCCGGGUAGCACCAAGAAAUGAUCCUCUGUAGAAAACGGCUCUAGUGAUAGGAUGCCUUUUGCACAGCCGCAGGACCCCUGGCACAAAAUGGAGGUGCAAAGUCUUGGAAGUGAGGUCAAUGGGCAUCAAAUGGUGGAUGAGCCUAUGGAGGAGGGGGAGUCAUUCUCUCAUUGUGAUGAAGGCACCUUUCAGGAAAUCCCCAUCACUCACCACGUCAAAGAGGGAUGUGAAAAAGCAGCUCCCUCUCAGUUUGAACUUCUUAAAGUUCUGGGCCAGGGGUCAUUUGGGAAGGUCUUUCUGGUGAGAAAGAUAAUGGGCCCAGAUGCAGGGCAGCUUUAUGCAAUGAAAGUGCUGAAAAAAGCAUCGUUAAAAGUUCGGGAUCGAGUUCGCACAAAGAUGGAACGCGAUAUAUUGGUAGAAGUAAAUCAUCCUUUUAUUGUCAAAUUGCACUAUGCCUUUCAAACAGAAGGGAAGCUGUACUUAAUAUUGGAUUUUCUCAGGGGGGGAGACGUGUUUACUCGCUUAUCCAAAGAGGUUAUGUUUACAGAGGAGGAUGUGAAAUUCUACCUUGCAGAGCUGGCUCUUGCUUUGGAUCAUCUGCACAACCUAGGCAUUGUUUACAGGGACCUGAAGCCUGAAAACAUUUUGCUUGAUGAAGCAGGACAUAUCAAGUUAACAGACUUUGGGCUCAGUAAAGAAUCUGUUGACCAGGAUAAGAAAGCGUACUCAUUCUGCGGAACAGUGGAGUACAUGGCACCUGAAGUGGUCAACAGGCGGGGCCACACACAGAGUGCUGAUUGGUGGUCGUUGGGUGUUCUAAUGUUUGAAAUGCUGACUGGUACGCUGCCAUUCCAAGGCAAAGACAGGAACGAGACGAUGAGCAUGAUCCUGAAAGCUAAAUUAGGAAUGCCUCAGUUUCUAAGUUCUGAAGCUCAAAGUCUUCUUAGAAUGCUGUUCAAAAGGAAUCCUGCAAAUCGAUUGGGGGCUGGCUCUGAUGGUGUGGAAGAAAUCAAGAGACACGCCUUCUUUUCAACAAUCGACUGGAAUAAACUCUAUCGAGGAGAAAUCCAGCCUCCUUUUAAACCUGCUGCGGGAAAACCAGAUGACACAUUCUGCUUCGACCCAGAAUUUACAGCCAAAACGCCAAAAGAUUCUCCUGGUGUACCCCCCAGUGCUAAUGCCCACCAGCUGUUCAAAGGCUUUAGCUUUGUGGCCCCUGUCUCAUUGGAAGAAAGUAAAGGCUCUUCGCAUGUGAAUAUACUACCUAUCGUUCAGCAGAUGCAUAAAAGCAACGCCCAGUUUGCUGAAAUCUAUGAACUGAAGGAGGACAUAGGUGUGGGCUCCUACUCCAUCUGCAAGCGAUGUGUACACAGAGUCACGAGCAUGGAGUUCGCUGUGAAGAUAAUUGACAAGAGUAAGAGAGAUCCUUCAGAGGAGAUUGAGAUUUUAAUGCGUUACGGGCAGCAUCCGAACAUCAUCACUUUAAAGGAUGUGUAUGAUGAAGGCCGGUUUGUAUACCUGGUCACAGAACUGAUGAAAGGGGGAGAGCUGCUGGAUAAGAUUCUCCGGCAGAAAUACUUCUCUGAGCGGGAAGCCAGCGCUGUCCUCUAUACCAUCACUAAAACUGUCGACUACCUGCACUGUCAAGGAGUUGUGCACCGGGAUCUGAAGCCCAGCAAUAUUCUGUAUAUGGAGGAUUCUGGGAAUCCAGAUUCGAUCAGGAUUUGCGAUUUUGGGUUUGCGAAGCAGCUGCGUGGAGAGAAUGGGUUGCUGCUGACUCCCUGCUAUACAGCCAACUUCGUCGCGCCAGAGGUCCUCAUGAGGCAGGGCUACGAUGCUGCAUGUGAUAUCUGGAGUCUCGGGGUCCUGUUAUACACCAUGCUGGCAGGCUAUACUCCUUUUGCCAACGGACCCAAUGACACCCCAGAGGAGAUCUUGCUGAGAAUAGGCAGCGGGAAAUUCUCCCUGAGUGGAGGCAACUGGGACACCGUUUCAGACAAAUCGAAGGACUUGUUGUCCCAUAUGCUUCAUGUAGAUCCUCACCAGCGAUACACUGCAGCACAAGUGCUAAAACACUCUUGGAUAGCAUGCAGGGACCAACUGCCUCAUUACCAGCUCAACAGGCACGAUGCACCUCACCUGGUCAAGGGUGCAAUGGCUGCUACAUAUUCCGCAUUGAACCACAAGACGUGCCAGCCAGUGCUUGAACCUGUGGCUGCCUCCAGCUUGGCCCAGCGAAGGGGCAUGAAGAAACUAACGUCCACAGACUUGUAGUGAAAAUCAUCUUUGGGUUGUUUUCUUUAUUGUGAUUAUUAAUAUAAUUACCUUACCUUGACCCACUAGCCUGCCCCCUUCUCCCUGUCCCUCCCUCUCCUCUAUUGUUUCAGCAACCAUCUCUGGCCAUGGCACCAGUGUCAGUAACUAUUGCAAAAUGCCUGUCUGGGUUGCUUUAAGAACUGAUAAAAGUUAUAAUAAUAAUGAUAAUGAAGAUGCAUAUUGUGUACUGCAGGAACUAGCAUUUCACUAAUAGUUCAGAGUCUGUUUACUUGCGGGGUGGGGGGGGGGAAUGCACCAACUGUAACGUCCAUUUCACUGUGACUGGUCACCUUGGAGCUCUUAAACAAAUUGUGUAUGUCAUUUAUAAAUAAAUACAGAAGUAGAGGAAGCAGCAUUCAUUAAGAUCACAGAGUGGAAGGCAUGACUGUAGAGACGCCUGUAAGCGGCUGCCCCAGUUGUUUCUCAAAUUCCUCCUCCCGUUGAUCUUUCAGCUUCAUUACGGAGCCUGGCAUUCAUGAAUUCCCAGGACUUAGAGAAGGGUUGUAUUAAAAGCGCUAUGAAAAGAAAAACUUUAAUUCAGAACUUGUCAUCUGGAUGAGCUAAGGCUAUAAAAUAUCCAUAUUAGCUUUAAUAUAGAUCAUGCUGAGAAGACUGUGUGGAAGCCAGUCAAUUUCUUUGGUGCAGUGUAAGCGGUUUUCAUUUAUAUUUAAAGGAAUGCUUGGCAUGAGAAUGUUUGAACUAUCAUGGUAAGUAGCACAAUUUGUUGACCAAUCUGGACUGAUGAGUC